ACCCGAACAUCCGCGAAUACCGGAUGCGGUUAUUUCAAAACAAGGCCCGGCACAGCCAACAAAAAGCAACACGGGUACUCUCAGACUCUGACUCAAGAAAAACGACGCGCCACAACUUCUUCGGGCCUCGUUUCUAAUUCUAGACCAAAUUUCCUCAUACACUGGAGCACGCUUUUCUAAAUAUAGGAUGCAAGUAGUUUAAAAGGUUGGCGCUCAAAGAGAUCAGCAGUGCCCAAGGACGUACAACAAAAACCUGCUUGCUAGUGCCUCACUCUGACCGUUUUAUUCUUGCUCGCAGUCGCGUUAAGUAAAGGUUGGCACGCGCUGCAAAGUGUCUCAUUUUAGCUCGCAGUCUCGGUGAUAAACGCAAGAUCUAGAUCUAUUUAUCUAGAUCACCUGCAGGUGACCAUCCCCGGAAUCUCACAACUGCCAGGAGGAAUUCAGGAAUUGUGUUAUUUAAAAGGAAAAAAGCCUCCUCACACAGACCACCUCAACGUUCCACAUACGUGACAAUCGAAAAUGGAGAAAGCCUGCGCACGUUCAUUUCUUACCUUGACUGCUCUCGUCUUUGUGGGUAUCCCCUUGAGUCUGUGCCUGACUCCAAAAGAGUGCGACAGCGCCAGAAGGGCGUGCCGGGAACAGUUCAACACCACAGGUGCUACGGAUCCGCAGACGGUGUGCGACCUGGCCUACAAUGUGUCUCAGUGCCUCCAGGCGGACCCCAGCUGUCUCUCUUUCACAGAGGACAGGCUCCUCUUCCUAGAUGCUAAACAGUAUAUGGAACAGAACAACUUCACAACAUGUGAUCUGAACCGACUGUUGCCAGAGCCCACGGAAGACUGUGAGAAAGGGCUCUUCAACUGUUUGAAAGACUACGCUGAUCAGAGUAUGAUGAGUGAAGCCAGUCUUGAAGAAGCCAAGUCCUGUCAAAAUUUGGUUGCCUUCUUCGAUUGUCAGAGAGCUGUUAGCCAAUGUGACAGUGGGGCUGAUUUCAAAGCAAAUCUUACAAGAGAGUUUCAGGAGGAGGAGUUGAGAAUAGGAGCUGAUUGUAUCGACCCACGAAUCCAGCCCAUCGUGACAAGAAAAGAGUGUGACCAGUUUACGAACCAGUGUAACACUCUCUCUCCUUCAGCCAACGAUACUGAUUUUUGUAAUAAGACAAAGGAGAGCUUAGAAUGUAUCGUUAGCGGGCAAUGUAAAUCGGACGUCGAACUCAGAAUCCUGGAACAGACCACCACAAAGGGCCUCAUAGAAAGCAAUAUUACCUGCGACGUGGCUGAUAUUUUCGCUUCAAGUGCCACGGAUACCGAUUGCUCGAAAGCUAAGAGUAUUUGUCUUAACACCUAUGUUGAUUCGCAACUCGAGAAGGAAAACCCCACCAAGGAUGAAAAGUGUGAAAACCUCAACACUUUCAUUGUGUGUCGGCAACAAGCGACGGUCUGUCACAAGGAGACUGGUGAGUUCCAGAAGAUUGCCGACGUCGAGCAAGAAAGAAUGGGAAUCGAAUGCACACUUAAGGCCUUGAAUCAUGGCGGUAAAGUUGGCGUCUCUUUGUUUCUGCUGGUAACUGCAGUUUUCACAAAAUUCUUUUUUGCUUAAAAUGCUUUGAAAAGAACGUUUAUGGGACUUAUUUUUCCUGGUGGUAUGCAAACUAGGUUUUUGUUUGGAAGGUCUGAAUGUAAACUAUUCCCUUUAUAAUCUUCGUGUUCGUGAUAUUCAUGUUGUUGGUACAGAUUUACGAAUGAUUUGCUAACGCUGAGAUGCUUUGUGGUGUACAUUGGACAUUGAAAGGCCAACUGACUUCCUUUGGACACUUUAAAGCUAAUCAUAAACAUAAUUGUUUAUUCUUUCACCAUUGUUCAGAAGUAAACUCCUUUGCACAUCUUUUUUUUCUUCUCCUGAGCCUGACAGAGGGUGACUGAGGGGUAGAGGUUGAUCCUACUUCUUUGUUUUCUCUCUGUUACUUCUGCCUGUCUAUUUUGCUUUUCACCGGAACCUUUAUCGUGUUGAUGUGUUUUUUACUAUGCUUUUUAAAAUGUAGUAACAGGUACUUUUUUCUUUGUGAUGUGUGCAUGUUCUUUUGUUUGCAUUUUCCUGUGUGCUUUUUGUGUUUGUUCUUCUGUAGGGGAAAAUGAUACCGUAAGAACAAGAUGGAGAGGGGGGGCGAGCCGAGUGGAGAGGAGGGAUGAGGGAGAAAGAGAGCUAGAGAGAGAGAGAGAGAGAGAGAGAGAGAGAGA